AUGUACCCGAACUCGACGACGCUCGCAGCGCAGGCGCUGCCGAUUGCGCUCUCGCCGGUGGAGGUCGAGCGCACCAGCUAUGCUCUCGGCGGGUACGACACGCAGCCCGCUCAUACCUCCCCUGUUAUGGAUGCCACCCUUCCAGGGCAACAGGGAGGGUCGGCGCUUCCCUUUUUACGCGGUGCAGGGGACAAAAACGGGCGCGCGCCCGGUGCCGCUAGCGGCGGUUCAAGUCUCCUGCACGGUGCUCAAGCAACGUCACCAUCAUCGGCCUAUCCGCCACUGGUGGGGCCGCGGAUGCAGCUGAAGUCCAUGACUGACGGUACGCGGGUGAGCUGCGAAUGUGCGCGCCACGCACUGUCCUCGCGGUGCGGCUCCGGCAACCUGGAUAGCGCGCGUAUGGUGCGCCCGCGCGGCAUCAGGGGAAGUGAUCACGCCGACAGCGGCGCCUUGGCAGCUCAGCCUCCGGUGUUGCAGCAGCCUACGUACACGUCGUACGCGAUACACCGUGUGUUACCCCGUGUGGCACAUCCGUAUUUCACCACCGAUGCACAGUUCUUGUUCCAGCACCACCACACAUCAAGACCUGACUCCUCGGCCCAUGCAUACCUUCUCCCCCAGUACGCGCUUUCGGGCCACACUUCGAAAGGCCACUCGUUGCCCCUGUCAGUGCUCUACAACGCUGAAGAUGUGCUUGAGUCGCUCGUCUACACACCGCCAACGGCUGUCACAACCACGCACUUGUCUUCCAGGAAACCAAAAGCCUGCGACAAUGGGGCCGCAUCGCUUUUGCGAGCCCGCGCAGGGCUUGAUUUCACGCUGCCACCAGUGGCGCAGCCGAACACAGCAGUUACAGCGCCUCUGCUGUUACAGCAUCCUCACCGGCCACUGCCCUACCAAGCCGCUUCUCUGAGACAGGUGGCCUCCGUAACUCCGCCGUCUGGCGCUCAGGUGCAGCGAGAGCUGACGGAAACAGAAUCCUUCAGACAGCCUCUUGAGGCACCCCGCACGGCGCCCGACCCGUUGUUGGACUUCACCGCUAAAGCACCCAUGGCGGUGAACCAGGUGCUCCUCCCAGCGUCGUCCGCCAACAUCGCCGUGGUGCCGUCUACCUUGUCCUCAUUUUCCUUACAGCUGGAGAAGGGCAGCAGAGCGAUGGUUAGCGCGACAACGCAGCAGCGGCAGCCUCACGCACUGCAGACGCCUACCCUAGCCUCUCCGAAUCUGUGUGGCAGCGACGACGGGAGAGAUGCGAGCGGUGGCGCCGCGCCCUGCCUUGCGUCCGUGUUCACGCCAUUCCAACAACAGCUACGACACCACUACCACAACCAUCCUUUUGAAGCUACACUUCCCAUAGCAGCGACCCUGGGGUCGAGUGACAUGUACAAUAAGCGAAACGUACAGCGCGGCACGUGGGUGUUCGUGCUCGCCCGUCAGGAGUGCCUGGCGCGCGAGCUACUCGAGGCUGAGGAAACAAAUGAGGCGCUCCGGUGUCUGCCGGCGUCAUGCACGGUGUGGCGCACCUACUACCGCCCUACCUCCGGCAGCGCCGAGCACGGCGCUGCCGGCCUGGCGAGCAGCACAGGUUCGGACACACUCACCUCUUCAGGCGUUUUCACCGCAUCGACAGCGGCGUUGGGCACGUCCUGUGAGCUGUUUUCGGCUUUGGACGACGCGGAUGCCUCUUGUGUUGCCCCUCGUGAAACACCUCCUCCACAUCCUUGUGGUGUGGAGAGGAAAGUGGGAGGGGGGAACGACCAAGCACGAGUCACACCACCACCACACCCGGCGUUUGCGAUGGCUGUCUACCGGCUGGAGCUCCUGGAGAGCAUUCUCCGUGGUGAAGUCAGGACAGAGGAGGGAGAUGCAUUUCGUUCCUGUCUUGAGAAACCGUGCGAGUACGAGCACCGCCUACUCUCCGUCGGCACAUUGCCGCUUGAGCAGUUCCUACGCAGCUGGAUCGAGAUUCACCGUGCGCGAAAGCUUCACUACGUCCACCAACUGGCGAAGAUGGAGGACAUGGAGCAUGAGGCCCGUACUGCGCUGUAUGCGGCGAGCGAGACGCUGCAGCGGCGCUUUCAGCUCAUGAGGACGGCUCUUCUUGAGCAAGAGCAUCACUACCGCUGCACUUUGGAGCUUCUUUGGACGCAAGUGGCGGCAUGGGUGGGGGUGGUGCUGCUGCGCUUACAGGAGCAGGUUGAGCGCUUCCCACUUGCGUUCGGCUCCGCCAUGAGUCGUACACGCGUGUGUGGGCGAGUGACAGGAUUGAACCGCUUUUCCAACCUUGUGGAGGUCGAGCAGGCGUUUCGGAAGACGAUCAGGAGCGAGGAAAUACGGCAACGCGUUGUAUCCCCAACCGAGUUUGAAAUGCGCGUGGUGUGCCUCAUGUACGAGCCACGGGCACGCAAGGAACUGCUCAAGCGCGAAGCCACCGAGCGCGCUGUGGCACAUCAAGUAGUAAACGCGCUGCAGACCCACUACAGCAUCCGGGAAGUAGAGAUCGAGGAGAGCAUCGAACGCCAAUUCUGGCUGAAGCAGCUUAUGCACAGCGGCGUCGAUUUGGUCGUCGUCGAGAGCACAACGCUGCCGCACCGGCUUCGUGAUGUAGCCCUGACGGAGGUAGAGAUGUGA